CGCCAACGGGGCCGGGGCUGGUGGUGCUGCUGCCGCUGCCGCUCCGCGGAGCCUGGCGAACGGCGGAGCCUUGCGCGAGCCGCCUUUCCGGGCCGGCAGCCCCCUGCAGUGCUUUUCCCUCGAGGAGGAUGACCUGAACUUAACAUCGUUGGAUGCAGAAACCAUCUUAGAAGCUGAAGAGAUCCUGGGGACAAUGCAGAACUAUCUCGACUCCUCUGUGAUCUCCAUCAUUGAGGAUUUUUCUCUGAGCGAGCAGAGCAAGGCCUGCCUGGAUGCACAGAACGAGCUGUCCCUGCUGACUGCCAUCACAGAGAUCCUGGACAGCACAGAUGAUGAGACCCUGUCCCCCUUUGACACCAUCAUGGAUGCAGAGCUGCUAACCUCACCUCGUGAGCGGGAGAAUCCCUCGUUUCAGAAGUUUCUCACCUUAUCUCGCCCAUUGCUGGAGUGCGAGAGCCCUACCCUGGAACAGCCUAAGGCUCUCAGGCCUCUCAGCAGCAGCAGCAGCAGCGUCUCUGUGGUUGGGAAGAUUGACACAGAUGUGGCCUGGGACCGUGCUGCUCAUGGCCUCGAGGACCCAAUGCUGCCAAAGAAGCAAGUCUGCAGCACCCCGAGGGUGGAGCGGAAGGCGGGCUGGCACCGAGUCCGAGAGCAGCCCCUGCCACAGCGCAGUGAUGGGGAGGAAGAAGAGGAGGAGGCUGCCUUGGGCCUGGAGCUAGACAGCAGCAUGGGGGCUGUGGAUUUCUGUGUGAGUGAGGCUGGAGCAGUGCUGGAGGAGCAUGAAGACCCCUGCAUCAUCAAUACAGGUGAUGUAUCCCUGAGUGAGCUGGUGAAGUCCAUGCACCCCUACUGCCUGCCCACCUUUACUGUGUGCCUGGACCCUGGCACUGAGCCUGUGGCCAAAGAACUUCUGAGCAGUCCUGUCUUGCUGGAAAUUGUGCCUCGAGAGGGAGAGAGUGUGGAGAUCCCUGUGGUCCUGCAGCCCUUGACUCCCAGCUCCUCUGACCUGGAGCCCCAGCUCCUGGGAGUAGAGGAGAGUACCAGGGAGUCAAUCCCAGAAGAUCGAGGGGAGCUGCCAGGAGCUCCAAACCAGAAAAAUGGGGUGGAAGAGGAGGAGAAAAAACUGCCUGGGAAGGAGCCUUCAUGCACUGUCCCAGAGGCCACCUCCCCACUGGAGACAGUGGCACCUGGAGCCUCAGGUCCCAAUGGCAGCGCCUGGCACAGUACAGAGGCCCCUGCAGAUGGAAAACGUCAAGGCUCUGAGAAGGGACGGGGCCGUGAGAGAGCAAGGAAGAGUCGGAAAAAGAAAACAGAGGAGGGCCAAAGCAAGCAGACCAGGCCUGGCAGGGACUGCGUAGCCCACCGGCUCCGUUCCACUGGCUCUGGACAGCCCCAUGUCCAGCCAGCCAUCAGCCGGCAGCGGGCAGAGUGUCCCUCUGUUCAGGUCUCAGACUUCUUGGCUCAACAGCUGGAACGAGCCCGGAAGGAGGGGCAGAUGGAGCUGCAUGCUGAGCGGGCACCAUGCCCCCGGGGCAGGCCUCGGAGCACAGCAGGGGCCUUCCUGCCCAAGAAAGUGAAGCAGGAGCUGCAGAAGGAGCCAGCACCAGAAACAGUCAGUGUGGCCCUGGAGAAGAUCAAGACUCUGGCACCCCUGGAGAAGAUUGCACCAAGCGUGGAGGGGCAGCCAGCAGCUGCAUGUCCCAGCCUGACAGACCAGGCUGGGGACCAGGGAGAUGUGCAGCCAUCUGCCAAACAGAGCAGUGGGGUCUCGGAGGCUGCCUCUCAGCUCCCAGAGCAAGGUGUUGGGCUGGAGCCUACCCAGAGCCUGCCAGCAGCAGAGCCGAGUGAGGGCCCGCCUAAGGAAGCCAAGCCCAAGGCCCUGAGCCUGCGUGAGUACCGCAUCCGCAUGCUGCACCGUCAGCUCAGCACGGGUGGCAGCCAGGAAGGCAAGAAGCAAGUGGCCAGCAAGUGGCCCAGUGUCCCUGAGCCUCCGACAGAGCUGGCAGAGAUCCCCUGCCUGGUGUCACCCAUGCGCUCUGCCACCGAGGCAGACGGUGCUCAGAAGGGACUAGACAGACCCACCAGCCCUGCUGCUGUCCCUUCUCCUGCCAGCAAAGCUCCCACUGCUCUGACUUCAGCCCCAGCACCUGCCACAGCUCCGCCACCCCCAUCAACACCAAUGCCUUUUGUUGCACCAAACGUGCCCCCAGCUGCUGGGGUGGCCCCCACUGGGAUGCCGCCAGCCUCUGCCGGUGCUUAUGCCCUUUACCCACCAGUGCCUUCCUGGCCCUGCUUCAGCCCGCAGCCCAUGGGUUGCCAUGGUUUGCCCCCACCACCCAGUGCCAGCUCCUCCAGUACUUUUCACAUGGUGCCUGGCCUCCCGCCUCCAGCCAUGGCCUGGCCCCCUCCACCUGUGCCACCCCCGCCUCCAUUUGGCCCAGGUGGUCCCUAUGCCCCAGUUGGGUGGGCACCACCAUCCUACUGGCCAGGAAUCCCCAUGCCACCUCCGGUGCCUUCCCUUGCGUACAGGGACCCCGGAGCAGCAGUGCAGGCCGUCCCCACCUUCCCAGCGGGCAGCCACCCUGGCACAACCCUUCUGCAUGGGCAGCCUCCUGCCACCCCUAUGCUCAGCUGCCCAGAGCCACCAGCCUUCCCUGCCCAGUUGCCUGCUGCCCCGACCAGCGAGAUGGGGGCUGCAGGUGGCCCAGCCAGGCCAGUGACUGGCAGGGUGUCAGGCCCCAGGAGGCAGGCACGGCUGGCAGGAGAGAGCUCUCUACCCAAGGCCCCUCUGGCUCCAGCCCCAGCCCAGCCCCUGCCAGCCCCCUCAGCUGCCGCUGCCCAGCCCACCAGGAUCCCUCCUGCAGUUCCAGUCCCCCAGGCUGUCCCCACACAGUCUCUGGAGGAGCCUCAAACUGCAGUGCCCAACCAGCUCCUAAAGGCCCCCCCAGCUGCCACCUGCUGCCCAGAAGAUGUGUCUCCCAUCCCUGUGGGGGAGUCCCCUGGCACCCAUGCCAUGGAGAAGGCUGUAGGGCCAGGCAAGGAGGCAGUGGAGAAAGCCCCGUUGGAGCCCAAGGCAGCUGCUGGGCAGGAGUUGCCUGGCCAAAAAUCCACCUCCCAGGCUGUGGCACUACCACGGAAAGCAGGUCGAGAGAGCAGCCUUCCCACCAAGGCACCCACUGUGCAGCCAUGGAGGCACCAGCCACUCCUCAGCCCAGCCCAGCCCAGCGACGGCAGCAAGGACAUUGUGCAAGCCUUCAUCAGCGAGAUCGGGAUUGAAGCCACCGACCUGUCCAGCCUGCUGGAGCAGUUUGAGAAGUCUGAAGCCAAGAAGGAGGAAAUUGCACAGCCCCCUGAGGAAGGACUGCUGAUAGAGAGUUCUGGGCCUGAGAUCCAGCAGGAUGCACCAACCCAGCAGGACAGGAAGCCCCCAGAUGGCCUGCAGGCCUCUGAGCUGGCCAAUGUGGCAGGCCUCACGCCCCCAGCGACACCUCCUCACCAGCUCUGGAAGCCUUUGCCUGCUGUCUCACUUCUGGCCAAGACCAAGUCACCUGGGUCCAUACCCCAGGAAGGCCUCCAAAAGACGACCAAGCUGAUGACAGCCAAGCCACUGCUCCCAAAUAAGAUCCAAGUGAAGACCAUGGUGCCAGCCCCUGCCGGCACAGCCCCCAGCCACGUUUGCUCAGGAGACCAUGACUACUGCAUCCUGGGUACGCCACGGCCCGAGAGCAGCAAUAUCCCUGGCACGCAGCCCCCUGCCAAAAGUGGCUCCCGCUGGAAUGUCAAACACCACCGGGACAUCACUAUCAAACCCAUCUCCUCCUUAACUAAACGGACGCUGGACCAACCUGAGCCUACCCCACCAGCCCCUAAUACCACCAUGGGGCACAGCCAGGAGCCCCUGGGGAUGGCCUGCCUAGCUCCCCUGGAUUAUCGGACUACCAUCCCCAACAAGGCCACCACUGGGUGCAGCAGUCCCCCCACCUCAGUGCUCCUGUCUCCAGCUGCAUCCCCCUGCCGGGACCAGGAGGUGCAGAUUCCCAGUGCCCAGCCCAGCCAUGCUGCUGCCAAGAGGUCCCUGCGCUGCUACCGGAGACCCCAGGACUCACCCUCUACUGACAGCUGGAGGGCUGGCCGGAGCCGUGCCAGCCGUUCUUUCAGCUCCAGUUCGGAUGGAGCUAGUGAGUCCUCGUCUUCAUCUUCAUCCUCGUCCUCCCGAUCCCGGUCACGGUCGCUCUCCCCACCCCCCAAGCGGUGGCGAAGGUACCGCUCAAGAUGUUCCCACAGCUCUUCCUCUCACUCCAGCUGUGGGUCAUGUGGCAGGUCCCGGGACAGGUCCUCAUCCUCAUCAUCAACAUCCUCCUACUCAUCCAGGUCCACAUCCCGCAGCCAGUCCCGCUCCCCCUCACCCCGCAGGAGGAGUAACAGGUGGAGAAGAUACAGUUACGAUGCACAGGACCACUACCAAAGGCAGAGGAUCCUCCAGAAGGAACGUGCAAUAGAGGAGAGGCGAGUUGUGUUUAUCGGCAAGAUCCCCAGCAGGAUGACACGGUCGGAGCUGCGGCACCGCUUCUCUGUAUUUGGGGACAUUGAGGAGUGUACCUUGCAUUUCCGCUCCGAGGGGGAUAACUAUGGCUUUGUCACCUACCGCUAUGCUGAGGAAGCCUUUGCCGCCAUUGAGAGUGGACACAAGCUGCGGCGCCCAGACGAGCAGCCCUUCGACUUGUGCUUUGGUGGCCGCAGGCAGUUCUGCAGGAGGAAUUAUGCUGACUUGGAUUCAAACCGGGAGGAUUUUGACCCAGCUCCAGUCAAGAGCAAGUUUGACUCCCUGGACUUCGACACUCUGCUGCAGCAGGCACAGCGCAGCCUGCGGAGGUAGCGGCAGGCAAGGCGGAGCACCCGCCCCCACUUUUAUACUCAAAUACAAAAGGCAAAAAAAGUAUGGAGAGAGAGGUGAGGUUUUUAAUAAAAUGAAAAAGGAAAAAAAUUUGUUUUAUAACCAAUAUUUAAGGAGGAUGGGUCAUUGGCCUUCAACUGGAGCAGUUCAGGCAAGUGGCAGCCCUGGGCUUGCCCCAGACGUAUAAUAAAUGCGGAUGCCCAAACA